GGACUAGCAAGUUGGCAGGGCAGCCGAGGCAGCCAUCUUUGCUAAUACGAAAGUGUGAAGACAUCUUGCAAAGAAUCUUAUUCCAUCGACGUACAGAAGUAGGACAUCAUGACUGACUCCAAGUACUUCACCACCACCAAGAAAGGUGAAAUUUUUGAGCUCAAAGCUGAGUUGAACAGCGACAAAAAGGACAGAAAGAAGGAAGCAGUGAAGAAGGUGAUUGCCAGCAUGACCGUUGGGAAGGAUGUCAGCUCAUUGUUCCCUGACGUUGUGAACUGCAUGCAGACUGAUAAUCUGGAGUUAAAGAAGCUUGUGUAUUUGUACUUGAUGAAUUAUGCCAAGUCCCAGCCUGACAUGGCUAUUAUGGCUGUCAAUACGUUUGUCAAGGAUUGUGAAGAUCCCAAUCCUCUGAUCCGUGCACUAGCAGUGAGGACCAUGGGAUGCAUCAGGGUGGACAAAAUCACUGAAUACCUCUGUGAACCCUUGAGAAAAUGCCUGAAGGAUGAAGACCCCUAUGUCAGGAAGACUGCCGCAGUGUGUGUCGCUAAGCUACAUGAUAUCAACUCACAGCUGGUAGAAGAUCAGGGCUUCCUGGACUCGCUCAAGGAAUUGUUGUCUGAUGCCAACCCUAUGGUUGUUGCCAAUGCAGUGGCUGCCUUGUCAGAGAUCAACGACUCUUCUCCCACUGCAGCAGCAAUGAUGGAAAUGAACUCUCAGACUAUCAACAAAUUGCUGACGGCAUUGAAUGAAUGCACAGAGUGGGGUCAGAUCUUUAUUCUGGAUUCUCUUGCCCAAUACACUCCCAAAGAUGAAAGAGAAGCACAAAGCAUCUGUGAGCGAGUCACUCCAAGGCUGUCCCACGCAAAUGCUGCAGUUGUGCUCUCUGCUAUCAAGGUUUUGAUGAAGUACAUGGAAAUGAUGACACCAACUUCUGGUUUUGUGCAGAAUGUGUUAAAGAAACUAGCCCCUCCCCUAGUUACUCUGCUGUCCAGUGAGGCGGAAGUGCAGUAUGUCGCCCUGAGGAACAUCAACUUGAUUGUACAGAAGAGGCCUGAGAUCCUGAAGAAUGAGAUGAAAGUGUUCUUUGUCAAGUACAAUGAUCCUAUCUACGUCAAACUUGAGAAACUAGACAUCAUGAUCAGGCUGGCAAGUGAAACAAAUAUUGCACAAGUACUUGCUGAACUGAAGGAGUAUGCCACAGAAGUAGAUGUGGAUUUUGUGAGGAAAUCUGUGCGUGCUAUUGGUCGCUGUGCUAUCAAAGUUGAGCCAUCUGCCGAGAGAUGUGUUAGCACUCUUCUAGAUCUCAUCCAGACUAAAGUCAACUAUGUCGUCCAAGAAGCUAUUGUGGUCAUCAAGGAUAUCUUCAGGAAGUAUCCAAAUAAAUAUGAGAGUAUCAUCUCUACUUUGUGCGAAAAUCUGGACUCACUUGAUGAACCUGAAGCAAGGGCAUCCAUGAUCUGGAUCAUUGGAGAAUAUGCAGAACGUAUUGACAAUGCUGCUGAACUACUUGAAUCAUUCUUGGAAGGAUUCCAAGAUGAAAAUACCCAAGUUCAACUUCAGCUGCUGACAGCCAUCGUCAAACUGUUCUUGAAGAGACCCACAGACACCCAAGAACUAGUCCAACAGGUUUUGAGUCUUGCUACCCAAGAUUCUGAUAACCCUGAUUUAAGAGACAGAGGAUACAUCUACUGGAGACUGCUGUCUACUGACCCUGUCGCUGCUAAGGAAGUUGUGCUGGCAGAGAAACCAUUGAUCUCAGAAGAGACUGACCUUCUUGAGCCAACAUUACUUGAUGAACUGAUAUGCAACAUCUCAACCUUGGCAUCAGUCUACCACAAGCCUCCCAGUUCAUUCGUAGAAGGACGCACAGCUGCUAGGAGGUUUACCCUCCCACCCCGUGCUGAACCAUCUCCUGGUGCUGAGACAGCAGAAGCUGCUCCUGUUGCCCAAGAAGCAGCACAAGUAGCACAGCCUGCUCCUGCCCCAGCGGCAGAUAGCCUGAUAGGUGACUUGUUGAUGGAUAUUGGACCUACUGCACCUGCCGUAGCACCAGUUGCUCCUGCUCCUGCUUCUGCCCCUGCAGCUGGUGGAGGAGUGAUGGAUUUACUGGGAGAAGAUCUAAGCGGUCUUCAGCUUGGUGGUCCUCAACAGCAGAUGGCGCAGCCACCCGCUGCUGGGGGUCUGGGUGAUUUGUUCAGCUUGGCUAGUGGCCCAGGAUUGGCUGGCUCCAUGUACAGUGCACCUAAAGGCGUCUGGCUUCCUGCUGCGAGAGGGAAAGGACUUGAAGUAGCAGGUACCUUCUCACGUCGCCAAGGUCAAAUAUACAUGGAUUUGGCCAUUAUUAAUAAAGCAAUGCAGGCAAUGGAAGGUCUUGCCAUCCAGCUAAACAAAAACAGUUUUGGUCUUGCACCUGCAGCACCCCUCAACGUACCGUCACCUCUUCCACCCAACCAGGUGGCCAAUACCUCGCUCCCUCUCAACACAAUGGGUGGUGUUCAGCGCAUGGAUCCACUGACCAACAUCCAGAUUGCGUUAAAGAACAAUAUUGAUGUGUUCUACUUUAGUACCAUGGUGCCAGUCAAUGUACUAUUCAUGGAGGACGGCAAUAUGGACCGUAAAGUGUUCUUGGCUACGUGGAAGGACAUCCCACAAGCAAAUGAGGUGCAAAACCAAAUGCAGAUUCCUAAUCUUACAUCUGACAAUGCGCAGCUGAAGUUAGAAUCCAACAACAUCUUCACCAUCGCUAAGAGGACUGUAGAAGGCCAGGACAUGCUUUACCAAUCACUGAAGUUUACUAACGGUAUCUGGGUCAUGGGGGAACUGAAGAUGAUUCCUGGGAACCCAUUGGUUCAGUUGUCGCUCAAAACCCGUGCUAAGGAUGUGGUACCAUGUGUCCAGGAAAUGUACGAAACCAUCCUGCGCAACUAGACCAAACCAACCACAAGUAAAAUACUCCAUACUCAGUGGGCCAUAUUAAUAGACGUAAUAGAACUAAUAAGGAAUAAUUUUGGAAGACAAUUGAUUGCAGUGUAGUGAUGCAAUGAGUAAAAGUAUAAAUAAACUGAUAUACUAAAAGUCA